ACAAGAAUGGUUUCCCAAGAAACCAAACAGUUGAAUGAUUUGAUUGAGUAUCUUGUUGUAUUUGACUGAAUUCGAUUUCUCCGUGAAAGAAAUAUAUUUUCGUUCAUUACUAUAUUUUGAAUCGGCCAUGGCAUUAAUUAUGCUCCCACAGUAAUCAUAAAUAAAACACUCACUUGUAAAAAAGUAAAUUUUCAUGAUGAAUGGACAUCCUAAACGUAGGACUCAUUCGACCACUUUACCAGCUAUCGAAACAUUACAACGAAAUGUCAGGAAAACUCCUACUUAUUAUUUAAGGAAACCCCGAGACAUUCCCUUCCAUUUGCCUCAUAAAAAGUUAUUGGAGAAAAUUGAAUUUGUUAAAGCUGAACCUGAACCACUGACUGGGUUUAAUGAAGCCCAAGAGGAAAGAUACAGAAAGGAGAAGAAGAUAAUGAAAUUAGAACCCAUUAACUUGGAAGAAGUCAAAGAAAAGAAAAAAAGAAUAAAAAUUCGAGAAUCUAGCAGCCUGCAGCUACAGGAAGUUCAAACUACUGAUCCCCUAAAAGUGAAACCUGUUGUGGCCUCGCAGAAGGAAGUCAUUGAUCAUGUCAAAAAUAACCCAUCAUGUGGCUUUCUCUAUAUGAUUUAUGCAGUACAUCCUGAUAAUGUUUAUUUUACUCCAUAUUACCUGAAGGUGGUCCCUUAUGAAGAAAUUGACAGAAGAAAUUACUUAACAAUAAGUCCAUGUGGUGUCACACAUUACACCAAUGAAAUGGUAUUUACUAAGCUAAAUGCUUGGGAACAAGAAUAUACCAUAUUUGUGAAGCUAACUGAUAUAAAGUUUUUUAAAUUGUACAGAUAUUGGAAAGCAUUCUAUGUAUGGCGUAAAUCUAUAUUAUUUAGAAAAUAUAGCAAAUUGCGUACAAAAAUUGCGAAAAAUCUCUUUAUUCUUACACCAGUUCUUGGCAAGGCUUUACUGAGCAUUCAAGCCAUGUGCUGUGAAAUGUAUAUGAAAAGUUGGGCUGAUUUGUCGCGGGACAUGGAUACUGCGUUUUUCUACUUCAUUGAAGUUCAGAUGAAACGAGUAGAGUAUAUACGAGAGAAGUUAGCAGAGUUCCGAGUGGUUGUGUUGGAGAUCAUCACCCAGGCGUGUCACACAGCGCUGUACCAGCAAGGCUUCGUCUAUGACGAUCGGAACAUACCGCCCUUCCAGAUUAUAAGAGGGAAGCCGACAGGCGGCAUGUCUUAUACAGAGAAAGCCAAUAAAAGAAAGUAUUGCGAGAGGCUGGCAUGCUUCAUAAAAGUCACUGACUAUAUGACGAACUACAUGCUAUACCGACUAACCAAACGAUCAAACAGUAUGAUGGCAAGCAUGUUGCGGAAACAUGCGGAAUUCACACCCGAUAGAGCUCUUUUGGAGGGCACUGAAGUGGAUGAAGUCCUAGAAGUGGUACCUAGGGACACUGAUACUUGCAAGUGGGCUCUGUUCCAAGUUGAUGCGUAUGUUCUGCCAAAUGGUCAAGUGGAAUUGAACCCUAGCCAGAAAAUCAUUAUGACAUACUUAGAAAAAAUCACGAGUUAUUGGGAUCAAUACGUUCGCACAUUCCACAAUUUCCUGAAUGAAGAAACUUUGCAAAUAUUCGUUCAGCCCUCCAUCAUGGGGAAGCAAGUUGAAUGGUCAGCUGGAGUGGCACCAAACUUGUAUUUCUUGAUGAAUCAGGACAAAACCAUGUUGGCGGACAUAGCUUUCAUACCCAGUUCCCUAAACAACGCUUACGAUUGCGUUUGGGUGUUUUUGCAAAGAAUGAAAGGGUUCAUGGAUAACUUCAGAGAAGCUCAUGACAUGGAUAUCAAUAUAAUCAAACAAGAAAGAGAUACGAACGAGUUUAGGAAACUUUGUGAUAAGCUGAACAAGCAAAUGGAGUCUAUAGAAGAAGUCGUGAGCUACCAGCCGCUCGGGUUGAUAUUCUUGUGCUUGUGUCCUUUCCAGGAGUUGUUCAGGCCACAACCGAGACGCCUCUUUGAUGUUGUUCUGAACACUACACCAGACAUUGGCCACGAUUGCAUAGCAGAGAUCCUGAGCGGCAUAGACAACAUCACCGAAGACAUCAGCAAGGAGCCCGAGACGGCUGGAGAGCUUGUGGCCUUCAACUUCAUGAUGGACGGGCUGGAGCCGAGGGUGGUGUUCCUAGAGGAACGCCUGGAGUACCUCCGGGAGCUGUAUGAUUUGAUGGGAGAGUUCAACCUGCCGAUACCGCCGGACGAUAUGACGGACUAUUUGGGGUUGAGCGUGGCAUUGGGAACGCUCAGAACGAACGUGGACGCUCGUCUCGAGACGCGCGGCAAGCUCGCCGGCUUGUUCGCGAGCCAGAUCGGCAAGGACAUCAUGGAGCUGAUGCUCGACGUCAACAAACUCAGGGACGAAGUUGCGGCACCUUGGUUAUACGCUGACACGUCAGACAUGGAGAAAGUGAUGGAAACUCUGGAAGAUUUGAUGGAGAAGUUGCAAGCUUGCGCUGCCAGGGACAAGCAGAUUCGCGAGUGGCAAAAAAUAUUCAAGAUACCCCCGGCAAGACUGGAGGCGCUGGACGAAGCGAUCAACGACGUCAAACUCAGACAACUCCUGUGGAAAUCUUCUAAAGAAUGGAACGAUAAUUUCACGUCAUGGUAUGAGUCGCCUUUCAAUACUUUGGACAUGGAUGAAAUUCAGACUACCACCAUUAACUAUGGCAAAAUAUUCAACCAAUUGGACAAAGGUGUACCUCCGAACAAGAUUGUGCCAAAAUGCAAAGAAACAAUCGAUAUUAUCAAAGAAAAGAUACCAGUGAUGUCAUACCUGCGCAACCCGUCGCUGAAGCCGCGGCACUGGGUGCGCAUCGAGGAGAUCCUGCACACGCGCUUCACGCCGGACAUGGUGCUGACGCUGCAGGUGCUGGAGGAGCUGCAGGCGUUCCAGCACGCCGAGGAGCUGAUGGAGGUCGCUGGCCAGGCCAGCUCCGAGGCAGGGCUUGAGGCGCUGCUUAAGAAGGUGGAAGAGAUCUGGGCCGCCCUAGAGUUCCCCGCGAUCCUCCACAAGGAUGCCAAAGACGUGUACGUGUUGGGUGGCCUCGAGGAGAUCCAAGCGGCACUAGACGAGAGCAACAUCCACGUCAGCACCAUCCUCAGCUCCAGGAGUUGCGGCCCCAUCAAGAGCAGAGUCGAGGAGUGGGCCAGGAACUUGGAGCUGUUCGCCAAGACACUUGAAGAAUGGUAUGCCUGCCAGCAAACAUGGAUAUACUUGGAGGUGAUCUUCUCAGCUCCUGACAUCCAAAGACAGCUGCCCAAUGAGACCAGACUGUUCACCAUCGUUGACAAGUCGUGGAAGGACAUUAUGCGCAAGUUGGCAAAGGUACCACUGGCCAUGCCAGCUGCAACUCAACCCAAGCUGUACGAAGAGUUUGUGCGGAACAACGAAAUGUUAGAUCAAAUCAUGAAAUGCCUUGAGGCAUACCUAGAAACGAAGCGAGUCGCUUUCCCCAGGUUCUUCUUUUUGUCAAACGACGAGCUACUGGAGAUAUUGGCUCAGACAAGGAAUCCGCAUGCAGUACAGCCCCAUUUACGAAAAUGCUUCGAUGCAAUAGCCAAACUAGAGUUUGGGGUGAAGCUGCCUGAGAGUGAAAUGGAGAUAACGGAGGACGGGACCUUGGUGGAACGAGAAAUGUCUUUCAACACCCGGGACAUGUUGCAAGCCAAACUGGCAAAAACGGCAAAACCUGAGGACUUGACAACUGAUAUAAUUGCUAUGCUCUCGCCUGAAGGAGAGAGAGUUAAUUUAGGAAAGGGUCUGAAAGCUAGAGGAAACGUCGAGGAUUGGCUGGGCAAAGUCGAGGAAGCUAUGUUCGCUUCGGUCAAGCGUAGUAUGAAACACGCUUUGAAAGACUUUAUGGCACGCCCAAGAGUGGAAUGGGUUCAGUUGCAUCCUAAUCAGGUAGUGCUAACAGUCUCCCAGAUAAUGUGGGCCAAAGGGGUCCACGAGGUGCUCGACUUGGAGAUUCCGCUUCGCAUAGAUACGGCUUUAUUGGAAUACGAGAAGAAGUGUAUCUCGGACUUGAACGAUCUGGCAGCGCUGACGCGGCAGAAUCUGACGUCAUUGUUCCGCAAGGUUCUGUGCGCGCUUAUCACCGUGGAUGUGCACGCGAGGGAUACCAUCCAGCAUAUGGUUGAAAAACAUGUGCAAAAACCAACUGAUUUCGAAUGGUUGAAGAUGAUCCGAUACUAUUGGGAAGAAGACAUCGACAACUGUGUCGCUCGCAUGUCAAGCGCCUUGUACAUCUACGGCCACGAGUAUUUGGGAGCUGGAGGUGUGCUUGUGAUCACCCCGCUGACGGACCGCUGCUACUUGUGCCUCAUGGGAGCCCUACAGCUCGACCUCGGCGGCGCGCCCGCGGGGCCCGCCGGCACCGGCAAGACAGAGACCACCAAGGAUCUGGCCAAGUCGCUGGCUAUACAGUGCGUCGUGUUCAACUGCUCAGAAGGUCUAGAUUACAAGAUGAUGGGGCGAUUCUUCUCGGGGCUGGCGACAUCUGGCGCCUGGUGCUGCUUCGACGAGUUCAACCGCAUCGAUAUCGAAGUGUUGUCCGUCAUCGCCCAACAACUCAUCACUAUCAGGAACGCGAAAGUAGCCAAGCAGUCAAGGUUCAUGUUCGAGGGGCGUGAAAUCAAACUGGUGCGAACGUGCGCGGCCUUCAUAACGAUGAACCCUGGCUACGCCGGCAGAACCGAGCUACCAGACAACCUGAAGGCUCUGUUUCGUCCUAUAUCUAUGAUGGUGCCGGAUUAUGCUCUCAUCGCGGAGGUGAUCCUAUACUCGGAAGGCUUCGAGUCGUCGAAGGGCCUCGCGAAGAAAAUGGUCCAAAUGUACAAAUUGUCCAGCGAGCAGCUGUCCAAGCAAGACCAUUACGACUUCGGCAUGAGGGCCGUCAAAAGCGUGCUGGUGAUGGCGGGCGCUUUAAAGCGCGCUAGCCCGGACCAGCACGAGGAGAUGACACUCCUGUGUGCGCUGAACGACAGCAACCUGCCAAAGUUCCUCGCUGCCGACGCCAUACUCUUUGCUGGCAUUCUGUCUGACCUGUUCCCCGGCGUGAGUCUGCCUUUCAGGGACUAUGGGGUCAUGGAGGAAGUCAUUACUGAAAUUCUCCUGGAAAGAAAACUGCAGGUGGAAAUGUGUCAGAUCCGCAAAGUGAUUCAGUUGCACGAGACAAUGAUAGUGCGUUGGGGCGUCAUGUUGGUGGGGCCCACUGGCGGCGGGAAGACCGUGGUUUUACAUGUAUUGGGUGACACAUACACGCGUCUCUGCGAGAAUGGGGUACCAGGCGUCCAGUACCAGAUAGUGCACAAGUACAUAAUGAACCCCAAGAGCUUGACCAUCGGCGAGCUGUAUGGAGAGGUCAACCUGCAGACCCUGGAGUGGCAUGACGGCAUUCUGCCGCUAUCGCUUAGGACGGCUGUGCAGGCUGAGAACGCAGACCACCAGUGGUUGAUCUGCGACGGGCCUGUGGACGCUGUGUGGAUCGAGAAUAUGAACACUGUAUUAGAUGACAACAAGAUGCUGUGCCUUUCCAACUCCGAGCGUAUCAAGCUUACCCCUUAUGUGCACAUGGUCUUUGAGGUGGCAGAUUUAGCCCAAGCGUCGCCAGCCACCGUCUCCCGCUGUGGCAUGGUAUACAUAGAUCCCAACGAACUGGGCUAUUUGCCGUACGUUCGCUCGUGGCUCGACGUGGGUGUGGAAAAGAACACUUUCAACCUCGAGAAUUCUGAAUUUCUCUACGAGCUGUUCAAAAUGCUGGAAGUCGGCAUUGUCCACGUGAACACCAAGUGCAAUGUGGGCAUUAAACAAGUGGAUAUCAGUAAAGUAUCGGCUCUGUGUUAUCUGAUGGGCGCGUUACUAUCGGAGCCUGGCGAAAGGUUCUCGGACAAAGCGGCGGUGAAGGUAUACAUCGCGUACUGCUUCAUUUUCUGCUAUGUCUGGUGCAUCGGAGGAAACAUCCUCGAAGCCAAUAGGAAGGGCUAUGAGGAAGUCAUCAAGAGGCAGUUUGAGGAGUUUGAAGAAGCAGAAUACUUUCCUCAAGGUUUCAAUUUCUUCGACAUGUAUAUGGAUACGAAACAACGGAAACUGAAAGUGUGGGCGGAAAUCAUACCAGAGUUCCUCUACGAUAGUAACAGACCGUUUUUUGAAACUCUUGUGCCUACCAUUGAUACCGUUAGAUAUGGCUACUUAUUUGAGAAGCUCCUGUCAAGUGGAAAGCCAGUCAUGUUUACAGGAAAUACAGGUGUGGGUAAAACGUGUGUUGCAGCGGAAGUGCUUAACAAAAUGUCUUCAAGUGGCUAUUUCAUCCCAGUUAUACUUAACUUUUCUGCACAGACCAGUAGCACGAGGACACAGGAGGUUAUAGAGCUUCGUCUGGAAAAAAGACCAAGGAAAGCAAUCGGUGCGCCAUUAGGAAAGAAAGUGAUUAUAUUCAUUGAUGACGUGAACAUGCCUAAACUAGACGUCUAUGGUGCUCAGCCUACUAUCGAACUCCUUCGACAAUUCUUGGAUUUCGGAGGAUUAUACGACCGCGACAAGCUCUACUGGAAGGACAUACUUGAUGUCGUUCUGUCCUGCGCCUGCGCACCCCCUGGUGGCGGUCGUAAUCCACUCACGGCGCGAUUUGUGAGACAUUUCGCCAUGUUUUACAUCUCAGCACCUAAUGCAGAUGCUAUGAAGACCAUAUUUAAGGCCAUUCUCAAAGGUCACAUGGAGGAUUUCGUCCCAGAAGUGUCUGUGCUGGGCGAGCCGAUAGUAAACGCAGCAGUUGACAUAUACCUCAAGAUCUGCGCUGAGCUUCUGCCAACGCCUUCUAAGUCUCACUACGUGUUUAACCUCAGAGACUUGUCCAAGUCCAUGCAAGGCGUGCUCCAAGCCGACGCGGCGUACAUGCGGUCACCGCAAGCUAUGCUCAGGUUGUUCUAUCAUGAAUGCCUGCGAGUAUUCCACGACCGGCUGAUCAACAUCGAGGAUAAGAGCUACUUCCUCCACCUGAUGAGCACGGUGUGCCAGAAGAACUUCCAGCAGCCCAUCCUGGAGGUGCCAGAGGAAGCGAUCAUCGAGCACCCUCCUCUGCUCCUGUUUGGAGACUUCAUCAACUCUGCGGUGCCUAAAGAGAACAGAGUCUAUGCUGAAAUACCGGACAUACAUAAACUGAUGAUUGUACUAAAGGAAUACCUAGACGAGUACAACUCGACGGCGCGCGCGGAGAUGCACCUGGUGCUGUUUCAAGACGCGGUGGAGCACGUGGUGCGCGUGGCGCGCGUGCUACGCGCCGAGCGCGGCCACUGUCUCAUGGUGGGCCCCGGGGGCUCCGGCCGCCGAAGUGUGGCCACCCUGGCCGGACACGUCAACGAGUGCAAGUGCAUGGGCAUGGAACUGAAACGGAACUACGAUACGCCGGAGUUCCACGACGACCUGCGCAAAAUGUACAUGCGCGCCGGCGUCAACUAUGAAGACACGGUGUUCCUGUUCACGGACACGCAGAUCACCAAGGAGGAGUUCCUGGAGGACAUCAACAAUAUGCUCAACUCCGGUGAAGUGCCGAACCUUUUCGAGGGCGAUACCUACGAGCAGGUGCAAACCGGGUGUCGCGGCGAAGCGGGCAAGAAUGGCAUCAAUCCCGCGGACCGCGACGCUGUGUAUUAUUUCUUCAUCAAUCGAGUGCGGUCCAAACUUCACCUCUGCAUAUGUAUGAGCCCUGUAGGCGAGGCUUUCAGGCGACGCUGCCGUAUGUUCCCGUCGCUCGUGAAUUGUUGCACGAUCGACUGGUUCACGAAGUGGCCGCCAGAGGCGCUGCUAUCGGUGGCCGAGCAGUGCCUGUCGCCGAUGGGAAACAUGGACAUCGUCGAGAAGAUUUCCAAGCUUUGCGUUACAAUGCACGAGGACGUAGACGUGAUGACGGACCGGCUGUACCAGGAGAUGAGAAGGUACUUCUACACGACGCCCAGCUCUUACCUGGACCUGCUCAAACUCUACCUGAACCUGCUUGAUAAGAAGCAGCAGGAAAUCAUCCGCGGCCGGGACAGGAUCUCUUGUGGACUGCAUAAACUAUACGAGACGUACGAAGUGGUGGGUGUGAUGGAGCAGCAAGUGCGGGACAUGGAGCCGAUCCUCGCCAAGAAGGCGGAUGAGGGCAUCGCGCUCGUCAACCGGCUGAAGAUCGAGCAGGCAGCCGCUGACGAGGUCAAGCGGGCCGUCAUGAAGGACGAGGCAGAGGCCAAGGUAAAAGCUGAAGAGGUGAAGCAAAUCGCGGACGAAGCGAAAGCUGACCUGGCGUUGGCAAUGCCGGCCAUGGAGGCGGCGCAGCAGGCGCUGAAGGCGCUCAACAAGGCCGACAUCAACGAGCUGAAGGCGUUCCAGAAGCCGCCGCCGCUGGUGCGCUUCGUCAUGGAGCCAAUCUGCAUACUAUUCGGCGCCAAACCCGACUGGGAUUCGACAAAGAAGUUGUUAGCCGACGUCAACUUCAUCGGCAAGCUGGAAGAGUACGACAAAGACCACAUACCAGACGCGACGCUCAAGAAGAUAAAGGUUUACUUGACGCAUAAGGAUUUCAACCCUGACACCGUGGUUAAAGUGUCAAAGGUGUGCAAAUCAAUGGUUCUUUGGGUACAAGCCAUUGACAUGUACGCGAAAGUAUUCAGAAUCGUCGAGCCCAAAAUUCUCGCGCAUAAGGAAGCAGCGGGUAUAUUGAAGAGUGUGAUGGCUGUAUUGAAAGCCAAACAAAAAGAGGUCGAAGCGAUCGAAGCACAGCUUGCCAAAAUGUUGGAUGAAUUGCGAGUGGUGGAAGAAGAACGCAUCAAGCUCCAAGCAGACGUAGACUUGGCAGCCGCGCGACUGUCGCGAGCCGGGAAGCUGACUCAGGCCUUGGCUGAUGAGAAGACUCGUUGGGAGGACAGCGUUGCGGCCGCGACGCACAAGUUAUACUGCACCACGGGCGACAUUAUAGUGGCGUCGGGCUGCAUCGCAUACUUCGGCGCCUUCCCCUCGCACUACCGGCGCGAGCUCGAGCGCAAGUGGAUCCGCCAGUGUCGCCACCUGGAGAUACCCUCGUCCGAUUCCUUCGAUUUGAUCGCGAUAAUGGCGGAUUCGUACACGGUGCGCACGUGGAACUCUCAAGGGCUGCCGCGCGACGCUGUCUCCACCGAGAACGGUAUCCUGGUCACGCGAGCCGGCCGCUGGCCUCUCACCAUUGACCCACAGGAACAGGCUAACAGGUGGAUAAAGAAUAUGGAGCGCGACAACGGGCUGCAGAUAACUAAGCUGACUGACGUGGCGUAUCUUCGGAUCCUUGAGAACUGCAUCAGGCUCGGCUGGCCCAUGCUCAUCGAAGACCUCGGCGAGACGCUCGAAGCCACCCUGUCGCCUGUCCUGCUCAAACAGACGUUUCUGCAGGCUGGCCGCCUGCUCAUCCACCUGGGCGACAGCGACAUCGAGUAUGACACCAACUUCCGUCUAUACCUCACCACGAAGCUGGCCAACCCGCACUAUCUGCCCGAGAUCUGCAUCCAGGUCACACUGGUCAACUUCACCGUCACGCUGUCAGGACUCGAGGACCAGCUGCUAGCCGACGUGGUGCGCCUGGAGAGGCCGGACCUGGAGCUGAUCCGCACGGAGCUCAUCGUGCGCAUCAACGCGGACAAGGCCACGCUGCUGGAGAUCGAGGACAAGAUCCUGCGGCUGCUGUACGCCUCCUCCGGGAACAUCCUGGACGAUGAGGAGCUCAUCGAAACCCUCAACGAGAGUAAGGAAACGUCAGAGAUAAUCAACGCCCGCCUUGAAGAGACAGAAGCAACGGAGAUCAACAUAUCGGCAGCCCGAGAAAAGUACAGGACAGUGGCGACGAGAGGCGCUGUCCUCUACUUCGCCGUGGCCCAGCUCGCUGACAUCGACCCGAUGUAUCAAUUCUCCUUGAAGUACUUCAAUCAGGUAUUCAACGCGGUGAUUGAGAAGAGUGAAAAAUGCGACGUGCUAGAAACUCGGUUAGAUAUCCUCCACCGAGAGAUCACUCUGUCGGUGUACCGGAAUGUCUCCAGGGGGCUGUUCGAGAGGCACAAGCUGGUGUUCAGCUUCCUCCUCAACAUGGCCAUAUAUCUCAACGCGGGCCUGGUGACGCCCGACCAGUGGAACUUCAUAUUACGAGGGCCUGCUGGCACCAAAGUGGUGCCCCCGAAGAAACCGCCUAUAGAAACUUUGACCGACCAGAUGUGGCUUGCAGUGAAUCAUCUGAACGAAACUGAUGAAAACUUCGCAGGCCUUGCUGAAGACUGCCUAAAGAUGAUACCCAUUCAACUUGGCUCCUUCAGUGUGGACAUACACGUGAAUAAAAAAGAAAAAUCAGCCCCCCUUAUAAAUUGGAAUGAGAAACUAACUUCGUUUGAGAAACUUAUGAUAAUCAAGAGUAUUAAGGAGGAGAAAUUGGUAUUCGCCAUCGCACAGUACGUGAGCACCAGCCUCGGCUCCGUCUUCAUUGAGAGCCCCACGGUGCAGCUCAACACUUUAUAUGCAGAUACGGCGUCGAACAUACCUUUGGUGUUCGUUUUAAGUACGGGAUCAGAUCCAUUUGGAGCUUUUCAGAAAUUUGCUACAGAAAUGGGGAUGCGAGAACGCGUGCAUUCAAUUUCAUUAGGUCAAGGUCAGGGACCUGUUGCAGAAAAGAUGAUCAAUGGUGCUAAACCUAAAGGCGAUUGGAUUUUCUUACAAAACUGCCAUUUAGCGGCCUCGUGGAUGAUGAGUUUAGAACUAAUAGUUGCAAAUUUAUCUAGUGAGCAAGGUGCACCGCAUCCAGAUUUUAGACUAUUUUGUAGUUCAAUGCCGACACCCAAAUUUCCUGUAUCUGUUUUACAAAAUUCUGUAAAAGUCACUAAUGAACCUCCGAAAGGCCUAAAAGCUAAUGUGAAACGAGCUCUCAUUGAAAUGGAAGAAGAUUUCUUCGAAAAUCAUGUGCUAGGACAAGAUUGGCGAACAAUGUUAUUUGGAAUUUGCAUGUUCCACGCUAUAAUACAAGAGAGAAAGAAAUUUGGUCCCCUUGGUUGGAAUAUUACAUAUGAAUUUAAUAACAGUGAUAGAGAAUGUGCUAUGCUUAAUUUGCAAAUGUUUUGUGAAGAUGGUCAUAUUCCAUGGGAUGCACUAGAAUACAUUACUAGUUCCAUCACCUAUGGAGGUCGUGUGACAGACAUGUGGGAUCAACGUUGUCUAACAACAAUUUUAAAACUUUUCUUUUCGCCACCUACUUUGGAAGAUGGUUACACUUAUUCCCGUUCUGGGAGAUACUAUUGUCCUAGAGCAGAAAAACUGGAAAUUGUCCGAGAAUACAUAGAUAGUCUACCAGUAAUCGAAGAUCCAGAAGUAUUUGGAAUGCAUGAAAAUGCAAAUAUAGCUUUUGAGAACAAAGAAACGAACACAUUAAUUCAGACAAUAGUAGACGUGCAGCCUCGAUCUGGUGGUGGUGGUGGUGGUGAUACACCCGAUCAGAUAGUAUGGCGCAUAUGCGAUCAAACUCGUUCUGUUGUCUCACAUAAAAUAGACAAAUCGUUAAUUAAUCCUGAUCUCAUGCUUCCCGAUGACGUAGGUCAGCUACAGUCACUAACUACGGUUUUAUUGCAUGAAACUGACAGGUUUAAUACAUUACUUGGCUUAAUACAUUCGUCUCUAAAUGAAUUGCAGAAAGCGAUAAAGGGUAUUGUGGUUAUGUCCGAAGCUUUUGAAGAAGUGUUUACGGCAUUUUUAAACAAUAAAGUGCCUGCUAUGUGGCAUAAAAAAGGAUAUAAUUCUUUGAAAUCCUUGGGAAGCUGGAUUCAUGAUCUUAUUCUCAGAAUUGAUUUUGUCGAAAAGUGGCUUGUUGAUGGCAAACAGCCCAGCAGCUGGGUAUCUGGGUUAUUUUUCCCUCAAGGAUUAUUAACGGGAUCUUUACAGUCAUAUGCACGGCGUUAUCGAGUGCCUAUAGAUGCACUGUUGUUCGAUUUUCAUCCUAUACCAUUUUUCCUUCCACAAGAGGAUGUGUAUAAAUACAAUAAAAGGAAAAAUAAGGAUGACGGGAGUCCUAGCGUCUACGGAGAUUUGGAACUGCCCGAAGACGGAGUCAACAUUCACGGACUCUUCAUAGACGCUGGGCGCUGGGACAUGCAAAGAAACUGUCUUGUAGAUGCUCUACCAGGGCAGAUGAACCCGCCGCUGCCGGUGGUGUGGUUCCAGCCGGUGCUGGAGCUGCCCAAGCCCGACCCGCGCUACGAGACGCCGCUGUACAAGACGUCGGAGCGCGCGGGCACGCUGUCCACGACCGGGCACAGCACCAACUUCGUGCUGCCCGUGCUGCUGCCCGCCACCCAGCCGCCGCCCUUCUGGAUCAUCCGCGGCACGGCGCUGCUCACCCAGAUCACGGACUAGGCCCAACUACUCAUCCACUGAAGUGGAGCACUUCACUCGCAGGAAGGAAGAAUACAAAACAAAUACAUAACUGUGUUUAAUAUUACUUGUUUUACGCGCAUUUAUUAUGAUUCGCAAAUAAUACCUUCUGCACAUUUUUUGUUUAAAAUCUUUAAAGAAUUGAAUACCUAAGUUAUUAAAAUAAUGAAUGUGAAUCUCAUUACUUAUAAAUGUUAUAAUUAGGAUUUAGGAAUGAAGUAUGCGUCUGCAAGGAGUAGACUGUGUACAUUAGUAUUUUUUUUAUUACAAAUCGUAUAACGCACCUCAUAUUAUACUAGCAGCUGUACGAUGCAAGUAGGAGACGUACCUACCUACCACUUUUAUUUAUUUUAUUUGUCUUGUACUUACUUGUUACUUCAAUUUAUAAACGGUUUGAAUUAGAAUUCGUUAUACGAUUUGAAAUAAAAGCAAGCAUUUUCACUUAUUUUGAUUACUUUAACUCAUUUUAGUAAGAUUUAUUUUGUAAUUGUUUUAGAUGGAUGUUACUUCCAAUAUAAUUUUAUGCACUUGUUAUUUUUGGAAUAGUUGUAACUUUAUCCGU